AUGCUGGCCCAUUGUAGAGGAGUACGUGUGGAGGCCGGUUUUUGUUUAUCCCUAGAUGCUUAUCCAACACUGAUGGCUGUUAUGGCUGUGAUAGCAUCGCUUGGCAUGGACCAUGGGCUGAAAUUUGUGAGCAUCCUCAGCAUCGUUGCCAUUGGCUUGGCAGUGGCACAGGCACGUCCAGAAGGCGGCCAAUUGCUGAAUAGUCGCUAUCUGCCGCCUGGCCUCGGCAAUGAGCUGGCCAGCUACAAUAGUGGUGCGCAGCUACAGACCACAAGUGUGGCCGAGGCGCCCAAGGAGUUGCAGCAGCUGCCAGUGUACCAACAACCACAACAACAACAACAACAACAGCAAACGUAUCAGACCUAUCAACAGCCCAUUGUUGAGUCCAUUAGGCCUUCGGUUUCGUUGGGCACAUUCUCGAUACAGAAUGAGGUGCCAGCUCAACAAACCUAUCAGGCACCCUCCUCACAAGCUGUCUCCACAUCCGUUUCCAACACCUAUGAGUCAUCUCAAGCCGUUGUGAGCACCCAGGCGAACGUGCAGAGCUCUUAUCUGCCACCCGCGCUGCCAGCGCAGCAAUUCCUUCCAGCACCCGAGCCUAUUGUGCAGCAAACCACCACAUAUAGCGCUCCGGCCCCUGCACCAGUGGUCCAACAGAGCUAUUCGGCUCCAGCACCUGCGCCAGUCACAACCUCAGUUGUUCAAGAGACGGUUGCGGUCUCAGCUCCCGCUCCGGCUCCGGCUCCAGCUCCAGCUCCGGUUGCGAUUGAAGAGAAGGUCUCGAUCGCAGCUCCAGUCGUUCAGCAAGAAGCGGUGCAGCAAACGCAGAUAAUUUCCGCUCCUGCCCCGGCACUGCAACAGCUCUACACACCUCCAGCUCCGCUGGUGCAGCAAUCCUAUGCUGCCCCUGCUCCCGCACCAGUGGUUGAGACUGUUCAGUCUGCACCCAUUGCAGCUCCAGCUCCUCAAAUUAUAAGCACUCAGGUGCAGCAGUCUCAGUACAGUGGAUACAACUAUCAGUCACCUGCCCCUGUGGUUGAGCAAACCUACGCAGCUCCUGCUCCCGCUCCAGUGGUGCAACAAACCUACUCAGCUCCCGCUCCAGUGGUGCAGCAGACUUACUCAGCUCCCGCUCCAGUGGUGCAACAAACCUACUCAGCUCCUGCUCCAGUGGUGCAGCAGACUUACUCAGCUCCCGCUCCAGUGGUGCAGCAGACUUACUCAGCUCCCGCUCCAGUGGUGCAGCAAACCUACUCAGCUCCUGCUCCUGCUCCCGCUCCAGUGGUGCAGCAGACCUACUCAGCUCCUGCUCCCGCUCCAGUGGUGCAGCAGACCUACUCAGCUCCUGCUCCCGCUCCAGUGGUGCAACAAACCUACUCGGCUCCCGCUCCUGUGGUUGAAAAUGUCCAGCCCAUUGCCAUUUCAGCUCCAGCGCCACAACAGACCAUCAGCAUCAGCACUCCAGUUCAACAAGCUCAAUACAGUGGCUACAAUUAUCAAGCGCCCGCAGCGGUGGUGCAGCAGAGCUACGCUGCUCCGGCUCCUGUAAUUCAACAACAGUCCUACUCUCCCCCCACUCAAGUGGUUGAGCAGACAUACGCUGCUCCAGCUCCUGUAAUUCAACAACAGUCCUACUCUACCCCCACUCAAGUGGUUGAGCAGACAUACACGGCUCCCGCUCCAGUGGUGCAGCAACAGCAGCAGACGACCUACACUGCCCCAGCUCCCGCACCAGUGCAAAUACAACAGACUUAUAAUGCUCCAGCACCAGCACCAGCACCCGCAGCCGCUCCCGUCGCUCCGGUGGUGCAGUACACACCACCCGCACCACAGUACAGCUACACACCUCAGCAGACAUACGUACAGCCUGCUCCCGUUGUACAAAAGACUGAAACAAUAUCGGUGCCUGCGUCCGCGCCUGCACCACUGAUCACCACCUCAACGAUCGGCACCACCUCCCAGAAAUUCUUCGCCGCCAUCUCGCUCGCCCUUGUGGCUCUGGCCGCCGCCGAUGUUAGCCACCUGAGCAACACCUACUUGCCACCCAGAAGCGGCGCCGCCUCCACCACCUAUUCCUCGUAUUCGGCACCAGCUGCCGCAGCCAGCACCUACUCCGCCCCAGCCGUAAGCACGUACAGCGGCCAGUCCUACUCGGCCCCAGCUGUGGCUGCCACCAACACCUACACUGCUGCCGCACCAGCCCCCGCUGCCACAUACUCCAGCGACAGCGAGUCGUACUCGGCUCCUGCCGCCUCCACCUACUCCAGCCAGUCGUAUGCCGCUCCUGCUGCCCCAGCUGCCUCGUACGCCAGCGAGUCGUACACUGCCCCCGCUGCCGCUGCCACAUACACCUCGCAGUCGUAUGCCGCCCCAGCUGCCAGCACAUACAGCAGCCAAUCGUACAGCGCUCCAGUUGCCGCCGCCACCACCUACACGGCCCCAGCAACCGCCAGCUAUACCGCUCCUGCCGCCACUCAAUCCUAUUCGUAUGCCGCUCCUGUAGCCCCAGCUGCCUCGUACACUAGCGAGUCGUACACCGCUCCAGCUGCCUCCACCUACAGCAGUCAGUCCUAUGCCGCUCCAGCUGCCUCCACCUACAGCAGCCAGUCGUAUGCCGCUCCCGUUGCCCCAGCUGCCUCGUACACCAGCGAGUCGUAUGCCGCCCCAGCUGCCUCCACCUACAGCAGCCAGUCCUACACUGCUCCCGCUGCCGCUGCCAGCUACACGCGCUCCAGCUACUCCGCUCCUUCCGUCGCUACCCGCUCGGGUAUCGACACCGUCUAUGGCUCCAACGGUGGCUAUGUCUACAGACGCUAA